GCGGCCUCACUUCGCUUCCUACGCUUCCAGGAGAGCUCAUUUAGCGAAACGCUUGCAUGUGAUAGUGAGGCUCCGGCGCGAGUAGAAUUCGCAUGCGAUCCUCUCGCUUUUUCCGUGGGAAAAGUUGAUUUGAAGGCAUUUGUAUUCGUACUAACAUCGUAUUAAUUGCCGCUCGAUAUGUCAUUUUAAUCCCCUUCUCGUUCUUUUCCUUCGGAAAUUUAUUUAGAAAGCUUUUUUUUCCUCGCUGAGAAUUCACGGCAUCGCGUUUAAUACGAAUGAUUUUUGAAGUGACUUUCCACAUUCUCUCUUCCCGAUCAGUUUGAAAAAGCUACCCGAGGAAACGUGAUUUCUCCGGUCGCUUCGUGGAGUUAAAUCGCCACGUGUGUCUCCAAUUGCAGCUUCUAAUGACACGUGUUUAUCGUAAUUAAUGCAACCGUGACUUCGGCAGUCAGUUUUGAUGGUUUAAUCGGCCGCAAUCAGCCGCGACGGAUAGCAAUGUCGUGACAAAACCGCAUUAUGGAGCUUCCGUUGCUGAUAGCAAGCGUUCUUUGUAGCGACCUCCCCUUUAAUUGCUCGACCAAGAGAACUUUGAUGCGCACGGACCUCGCGUAAAACGGACGAUCAAUCGCCCCGAAAAGUCGCAGCUGAAAAAGAGGAAAGCUCUCAGGAAAACUCUCUUCCCUGGAAAUAAAAGCAGUCGAAUUCGCGCGUGAGAACGAUAAAUCGCUAUCAUGGGAGCUUUGACAACGGUGACGAGUACGGUAAUAAGAUGCGCCUUUUUCCUACUGUUCUGCCUGCUGGGGCCGUUCUGCAAAUUGCGCGGCCUGAGGAAGAGACGGCGGUGCCCGCCGAUCGGGAAUCAGCUCUUGCUGCAAUCGGCGACGGAGAUCGCGCGAAAGAUCCGCACGAGAGAGGUCAGCUGCGAGGAGGUGAUCACCGCGUACGUGGCGCGAUGCAAGGAGGUGAAUCCGUUGAUCAACGCGAUCGUGGAGGACCGCUUCGAGGCGGCCGUUCGAGAGGCACGCGAGAUCGAUAUUUUCCUCGGGUCGACGACGAUGGACGAGGCCAGCAUCGCGAGCGAGAAGCCGCUGCUCGGACUGCCGAUCACCGUUAAAGAAAGCAUUGCCGUUCAAGGGAUGAGCAACUGCGUGGGGGUGAAGGACACUCCUUCGAGGGCGACGCGCGACGCCGACGUCGUGGCGAGGGUCCGUGAGGCCGGCGGGAUUCCUCUCCUCGUCAGCAACACGCCGGAGAUGUGCAUGUGGUGGCACACGUUCAACAAGGUCACCGGCACCACCAGGAAUCCUUACGACACGCGCAGGACUGCCGGCGGCUCUUCCGGUGGCGAGGCUGCCCUUCUAGGCGCGGGAGCCUCCCUUCUGGGCAUGGGCUCGGACAUCGCUGGAUCGGUCAGAGUUCCGGCGCUAUUCUGCGGCAUCUUCAGUCACAAACCUACGCCCGACUGGGUCUCGGUAGAAGGCCACAAACCCAGCGCGACUGACGAGAACUGGAGUUCGUUUCUCACGAUCGGUGCGAUGGUCAGGUAUGCUACGGAUCUGCCACUCCUGCUGAGUGCGAUGGCGCAAUCCGACAACGCGAAAAUCGGAUUCAACCGAUCGAAGAAGACGUCUCUGAAGGAUAUGAAGUUCUUUUAUAUGGACGACAUUGGCUCGAUCGCCACGAGUCGCGUGAACAGCGACAUGAGAAACGCAAUUUACAAGCUGAAGAAACAUUUGGAGGACGCAUAUGAUGUCAAAGUGCAAAAGGGAAAUUUGAAAGGCAUGAAGAAGUCUUUCGAAUUAAGCUCAGGGAUUCUCCUCAACAUUAAAAAUGUAUAUUCGGCCUUUGAUCGCACGGACGAUCCCAAGAAAUCGAAGAGCGUGCUCGCCGAGAUACUCAGGUAUAUCCUCUUCAUGUCGCCGCACAGUUUCCCCGUCAUAUAUUACGGAAUAUUGAAGAGGAUCGGCGAGGCAAUCCCGCGCUCGACUUACAACAAUAUGUUGGAAAAACAAGCGCAGUUGAAGAAGCAGUUCAAGGAGCUGCUAGGUGACAACGGCGUUCUGAUAUUUCCGUCGUUCACCUGUCCGGCGAUCUAUCCUCAAGAAAUUACAUACAACGUCGGGAAUUUUACUUACUUGAUGGUCUUCAACAUGCUGGGUCUUCCGGUGACGCAGUGCCCGCUCGGUUACGACAAGAAUCAAUUGCCGGUCGGACUUCAGAUUGUUGCGAAUCCAGACUGCGAUCAUCUGACGCUCGCUCUUGCCCAGGAAAUCGAGAGGACGUUUGGCGGCUGGCGAGAACCGACGCAGAAUAAGAACUCCGUCUCCAACGAGGCGUGAUGCUCAGGAAAGGACACGAUCUCACUCACCGUCGGUCGAUCCGACUGUCGACAAAUAAGCGAAAUCUGUGACGGUGACACUUCUGGAUAUAAUCAAUCCUAAUUAAACAAACUCGCGUGCCCACUCUGGUGCCUCGAUGGAACUCAUGGAACUCACGACUUCCAGAGAAGCGAUGACAUUAUUAUAGGCCUGCACAAGAUCCGCCGCCGCAUCAGCAUUGAUCUCGUUCGAUGAUUUAGCGAACUCAGAACUCAAGUUGAACUGCAGAGGUUAUCUCAAGAUGAACGAAUUGAUCUUUCCUCUCGUUAUAAAUGAUCUCGAUCAAGAUCUUGGUCGCACUCUGCUACUUCACGAUCGCGAUCUGCGCAGUAUUGUACGCAAAGUUUUUUUACAGAAGCUUUUUACAUUAAUUCUGACAGCAACAAUUAAAUCUCGAAUGAUAGUUUUAUAAGCUUGUUGACAAUAAAUCAGUACACGUUUUGUAUAA